CAUUUUCUGAGGGUAUUACCGUCCUGAGCAGAUCUCAAGACUGUCUACAUAACUAAAUAACUAACUAACUAUAUGUGCUUUGUCUUCUAGGACUUUGGCCUUCCAUGGUGUAAUUUAGGUUUUUGUACACAACUGAAGAUAAAAUAAACUGAGAAAGAAGACAACUUCACAGCACGACGACCCAAACUGAACCCAACUUGGCAGAAGAAAACGUCAAGCAACAAUAUCGUGAGGUGACACUAAGCAAAAAAAUGAAACUCUAUACCUUAGGAUAAGACAGAACAUCAAAAAGAGGACAUCAACAGGCCGACAGCUGAAAAAACAUGAGCAGGAUUUAUUGAUAAAAAACUGACAAAUAGAGUAUAUUACUGACAAACAUCAGGAAACAGACGGCUGACAUGCAGAGUCAGAAGACGGCUAUUGAAAAGCAAAGAGAAGAGUUGGACAACCUGCUCAACAUGAUCAAGAAAGAAGUGAGAGAGUUGGAAGUAAUAAAUACUGAGACUGAGAUAAAGAAAAAACACCUGGUGAAAAUAAUAAGAAUGAGCAGAAGAAAAGAGAUGAAGACAAAUACUAAGGCUGCUAAGCAAAGUAUGGAAGAGGGAACAGAGCAGAAACCAGAGGUGGAAAUACAGGGCAGGAUUAAUAGGCAAAGGCCAAGUCAUGGGGAGUUUCACGGAACCAAAGAAAUAACUCAACCUAUCUCAGCAGAAGACAAUAUAGAGAUGCAGAGAAUGAUUUUGGAAAUAGAAGAGAUCAGAAGGAUGCUGCACAAGUUUAAAGAAGAUACAACUCUAAGCACUAGAAAGGAGACAACACAAAUGAAAUGGCUGAAUUUUCAUUUUAAAAAAGGGAAACAGAAGUUGGAGCAGUUCAUGGAGAAGACUACAAAAGAGAGAGAUGAGCUAGAAAUCAUAAAGAAAAGAACACAACAACAAAGGAAGGAGCUUGAACAGAAAUUGGAAGAUACUUUUAAAAGAAUUCUGACUAUAAGUGAGUUAACACAAAUGAGAAAGUUUGCUACAGAGAUAAACAACACCCGAGAAGAACUCCUAAAAACAAAAAAUGAAACACAAAACUACAAGGAAGAAGUCAAAAAAUACACAGACAAGCUGACAUCCAUGAAAACGCAGGUCAGCAGAUGGAUAUUGACAGAAUCUGCAAACAAGCCACUCUGUUUUUACCUGCAGAAACCAUCAAAAGAGAAAGACAUAAACUCUCUCAUAGGUCAAACAGCACCAAAUGCAACAAACAAAGAUGGAGCAGUACCUCAAAUAAAAGAAGGAGAUGAAGCAAUGGCUUUACAACAAUCUUUUACAGUGGAAGACCAAUAUCAAAGUGAAGAAACAAUAGAAGAAUGGAACACGCAAUCAAACUACAAGCAAGAUUUUGGAGUGGACUUUAAGGAAGAGCAGAAUUUGUUUUUACAAAUGCACAAAGACAUUCACGAAGAAUCACUGAUAGAUGAUAAAGUAAUAAUGCAUAAAACAGAAAAGGAACAAGUUAAAAAUCAACUCCUAAAAUUCAAGAACCAAAAGGAGGAAAUCAAAAAGGAAAUUAAGAACAGUAUGAAAAGCAUGAAGGGGAAACAUCAAGAAAUUGAUCAGCUCAUUAAAGAAAUAAAAGACUUUCAGAGACCAGAGAUAGAAACUGGGUUACAAACUGCAGGUAGGGAAAUAAAUAAUAUCGGCAUAGGGAAAGCUAGACUAAGAGGAAAAAUAGACAGUGACAUUUGGAGAGUAAAAAACAAUAUUUAUAAAGAACAAAUUAAAUAUGAACUCCAAAUGCAAGAAAGGGAUAAUGACAGUAAGGUGAAACAAGAAAAGAAACAUGAUUCUGAAUUGAUGACAGUGGAUGAUUAUAAAAAAAUAAUUCUUGAAUCAAAGGAGUUCCAUCCUGAGGUGACAGAUGGUUAUUCCAACAAAAAAGACACAGGAAUGGACACAGCUAGUCUACAAACACUCAGGACAGAAGUUUAUAAAACACAAAAAAUCAUGAGAUCUGUAAUUCUAAAACUUGACACCCAAAAAAGUGAAAAUGUUGGAAAAGAUUAUAAUCAACCUCAAGAUGGUGAAAUUGAGGGAUUGUUAGAGGAUGUUAAAAAGUUCCAAGAUAUUUUAAAAAUGGUGACAACUGAAGUGGUAAAAAAUGAGAUCUCUUUGAGAAACGAAAGGAGCAACAUAAAAUUUGAAGCAAAAAGACUCAAAAGAGACCUGGCUCAGAAGUUGGAGAAAAUUCUGUGUGAAAAAGAUGAAUUAGAUAUUUUUAAAAUGCAAAUAAAGAAACGAGCAGAAGCAAUUCAACAGAAGAUGGAGAAAAUGAACAAGGUUAAGAGUGCUGUGGAGGAAAUGGCUGUUAAGUCUAAAAUUAAGCAGGAAGACAUGAAGAUUAUUUUUAGGAAUACCCAAGAAAAGCUGAGACACUUAGAGGGGUGUAAUGAAAAGACUGAUGAUGCAAUACAACACCUACAAAACAGUUUUAUUUUAAUAACUAAAAGAAAAGUUCAAUUAGAAGAAACCUUAAGACUCAAAAAACAACAGGUCCAGGUGGAGGUAUACAAAGUAAAAAGUUUGAGGAACAAUAUCAAAAGUGAGACUAAGAAGCCUGGUGACAGAGUACAACCAAUAAAAAGAAAAAUAGGUCCAGAAAUAGACCUGUUGAAAUCAGAGUUUGGAAUAAAGAGACAAAAAUGCGGAAAGACAAAAGAAAAGAAAUUACUCAGGAAAGUGACCAGAAGGAAAAGAGGAUUAGAUUCAACCUUGAGACAACCAGGUAAAUUAGAACAACUAAAACCUGAGGAUCAGUGUAUUAAACAUCAAAUGAGUGAUAUCCAAUUAUUCAAACAGCAUACAUGGCUGGAAAAGCGUCAGAUAAUAAAGAUGAAUACAACUCCUGAUGAUUCAAAAGUUAUAUCUUCUGUUUUUGACCUUGAAAUCAUUAGACAAAAAAUUCAUUCAAAUUUGGAGGUAAUAAAAAAGAACACUGGACUACUAGCUGAUGUAAAUAUCCAUUUAGAAAAACAAAGAGAAUGUCUCCAAAACUUAAAAGAUCACAGUAAGGCCAUAAUAAAAUGCAUGAUAAGGAACAAAGAAACUGUUAGGGUCAAAGCAGAAAAGAAUGAGGAAGACAACCGCCAAAAAGAAAAACAAAAACUUGAAAACACACUUGAGGCAAUACGAAGAGAAAAAAAAGAGAUGGAAGUGCUGAAGGCUGAGCUGGACUUCACAAAAAAAGAAAAUCAACAAAUGAUGAGACGAGGUAUUCGAAAAGACCAUGAGGUGAAAAUGAUGUGGGCUGAGAUUAAAGAAGAAAAAGAUGCUCGCAAGAGAAAACAAAGAAGAAACAAAGAGCUUGAUGAAAAGCUAGAGAGGAUGACCAAAAAAAAAGAAGAACUGAAAAUCAUGAAGCUUAAAAUGGAAAGAGGAAAAGAUGACACAACAGGUGGAACAAGACUGUCAAGGAUAUCAAUCACUGCAAAUGUUCCAAUGCAACUUUCAUGUACGUGGGUACUUUUUUCUAAAUGGACAGAAAAGUGUAACCAAAUGAAAAGACAGAUUUCUGAUUUCUACAAGACCAAAAAUAAUGAAAAUGCUUGCAUUAAACAUGAAACAAAAAUAACAUUGCAGGCAAAAGAAGACAUUAAAAACAUCAAGGAACAAAUUACCAAACAAAAAGAAUGUAUUCAAGGUGCUUUAAAAAGUGUGAAAAAAAGGGAACAAUGUUUGAUACAUUCAGAAACAGAAAAACUGCUAAGAAACAAAAACCUUCUAGAGGUUCUAAAAGAAAAACUUCAGCAUUUGAGUGAAAGGAUGACUGGUGCCAUUGCAGACAAACUUAGGAGGCUACAAAAGGACAAUGGAAAUGUAGUGAAGCUGGUCAGUCAUUUAGAACAAGAGCAUAUCUCUCUAGAUUCCCUGAAAACACAUAUGCUUUUCUACUCUGAAAUACUGCAGAAGGCAAAAGAAGGAUACAUAUGCCUGAUAACAGACUUUGCCAGGCAACAAGAAGAAACAAGAGAUCAACUGAUGCACCAGCUUGUAUUGGAAAAGCAAGAAAGGGAAACUCUGAAAAACUGGCUGAAGAAAGACAGAGACAAUCUGGAAAGAGAGAAAAAUGGCAUGAAUCAAGAAAAAGAAAACUUGUUGCAGAAACAACAAGAGUGUGAAACCCUAAAAGACGAGCUGAAGAAAGACAGAGACAAUCUGGAAAGGGAAAAAAAUAGCAUCCAUCUAGAAAAAAGGAACUUGAUGCAGAAACAACAAGUGUAUAAAACCCUGAAAGAUGAGCUGAAAAAAGACAGAGACAGUCUGGAAAGAGAGAAAAAUAGCAUACAUCAAGAAAAAGAGAACUUGUUGCAGAAACAACAAGAGUAUGAAACCCUAAAAGACGAGCUGAAGAAAGACAAAGGGAAUGUGGAAAGAGAUAAAAAUGGCAUGAAUCAGGUAAAAGAUUACUUGACGCAGACAAUGUUUGACAUCCAGCAGCAAAUGCAAGUUUUGGAGCAAAAGUUAAGACAUAAAAAGGACAGUCUGCAAAUCACAGCAAGUCGACUAGAAAAGACAAGAACACAUGCUGACAUCCUGUGUGUUGAGGUUAACAAAGACAAAGCAAAAAAUCUGUCCCUUCAGCUUCACAAAAACAGAGACCUACUUGAGAGAGCAAAGAACACAAUUGUCAUAAAGCAAAAAGAACAACAACUGAUGGAAGAGGACAUCAAGAGACAAAUCAAAGAACUACAGUCAAGCCGGUAUGACUUGCAGAGCCAAAGACAAGAACUGGGACUUUUAAGGCAAGAUCUCAACAAUGAGAUAGAAGAGGUCCGGGCUGCAAAGGAGACCAUGAAGGUGAAAAGUGAUCAAAUAAGUCACAUGCAGACUGUCCUUGACACAGAGAGAGAAAUGCUUUGGAACCAGAAAGAUACAAUGGAAGAACAAAUAUUGAAUCUACAUAGGAGAGCUGAUCAAAUUAUGGAAUGUGAAAAGCAUCUACGGGUUCUGAGUAAAAAAAUUAAACAUGUGAGUGAGAGGAUGACUGGUGCCAUUGCAGAUAAACUUAGCAGGCUCCAAAGCGACAAUGGAAAUGUAGUGAAGAUGGUCAGUCAUUUGGAACAAGAGCAUAUCUCUCUAGAUUUCCUGAAAACACAUAUGCUUUUCUACUCUGAAAUACUGCAGAAGGCAAAGGAAGGAUACAUAUGCCUGAUAACAGACUUUGCCAGGCAACAAGAAGAAAUAAGAGAUCAACUGAUGCACCAGCUUGUAUUUGAAAAGCAAGAAAGGGAAACUCUGAAAAACUGGCUAAAGAAAGACAGAGACAAUCUGGAAAGAGAGAAAAAUGGCAUAAAUCAAGAAAAAGAAAAGUUGUUGCAGAAACAACAAGAGUAUGAAACCCUAAAAGAUGAGCUGAAGAAAGACAGAGACAAUCUGGAAAGGGAGAAAAGUAGCAUCCAUCUAGGAAAAAGGAACUUGAUGCAGAAACAACAAGUGUAUGAAACCCUGAAAGACGAGCUGAAAAAAGACAGAGACAGUCUGGAAAGAGAGAAAAAUGGCAUGAAUCAAAUGAAAGAGGACUUGAUGCAGAAACAACAAGAAUAUGAAAUACUGAAAGACGAGCUGAAGAAAGACAUAGACAAUCUGGAAAGAGAUAAAAAUAGCAUACAUCGAGAAAAAGAGAACUUGUUGCAGAAACAACAAGUGUAUGAAACCCUGAAAGACGAGCUGAAGAAAGACAAAGGGAAUGUGGAAAGAGAUAAAAAUGGCAUGAAUCGAGUAAAAGAUUACUUGACGCAGAAAAUGUCCGACAUCCAGCAGCAAAUGCAAGUGUUGAAGCAAAGGUUAAGAGAUGAAAAGGACAGUCUGCAAAUCACAGCAAGUCGACUAGAAAAGACAAGAACACAUGCUGACAUCCUGUGUGUUGAGGUUAACAAAGACAAAGCAAAAAAUCUGUCCCUUCAGCUUCACAAAACCAGAGAGCUACUUGAGAAAGCUAAGAACACAAUUGUCAUAAAGCAAAAAGAACAACAACUGAUGGAAGAGGACAUCAAGAGACAAAUCAAAGAACUACAGUCAAGCCGGUAUGACUUGCAGAGCCAAAGACAAGAACUGGGACUUUUAAGGCAAGAUCUCAACACUGAGAUAGAAGAGGUCUGGGCUGCAAAGGAGACCAUGAAGGUGAAAAGUGAUCAAAUAAGUCACAUGCAGACUGUCCUUGACACAGAGAGAGAAAUGCUUUGGAACCAGAAAGAUACAAUGGAAGAACAAACAUUGAAUCUACAUAGGAGAGCUGAUCAAAUUAUGGAAUGUGAAAAGCAUCUACGGGUUCUGAGUGAAAAAAUUAAGCAUUUGAGUGAGAGGAUGACUGGUGCCAUUGCAGAUAAACUUAGCAGGCUCCAAAACGACAAUGGAAAUGUAGUGAAGAUGGUCAGUCGUUUGGAACAAGAGCAUAUCUCUCUAGAUUCCCUGAAAACACAUAUGCUUUUCUACUCUGAAAUACUGCAGAAGGCAAAGGAAGGAUACAUAUGCCUGAUAACAGACUUUGCCAGGCAACAAGAAGAAAUAAGAGAUCAACUGAUGCACCAGCUUGUAUUGGAAAAGCAAGAAAGGGAAACUCUGAAAAACUGGCUGAAGAAAGACAGAGACAAUCUGGAAAGAGAGAAAAAUGGCAUGAAUCAAGAAAAAGAAAACUUGUUGCAGAAACAACAAGAGUGUGAAACCCUAAAAGACGAGUUGAAGAAAGACAGAGACAAUCUGGAAAGGGAGAAAAAUAGCAUCCAUCUAGAAACAAGGAACUUGAUGCAGAAACAACAAGUGUAUGAAACCCUAAAAGACGAGCUGAAAAAAGACAGAGACAGUCUGGAAAGAGAGAAAAAUGGCAUGAAUCAAACGAAAGAGGACUUGAUGCAGAAACAACAAGAAUAUGAAAUCCUGAAAGACGAGCUGAAGAAAGACAAAGGGAAUGUGGAAAGAGAUAAAAAUGGCAUGAAUCAAGUAAAAGAUUACUUGAAGCAGAAAAUGUCCGACAUCCAGCAGCAAAUGCAAGUGUUGGAGCAAAAGUUAAGAGAUGAAAAGGAUAGUCUGCGAAUCACAGCAAGUCGACUAGAAAAGACAAGAACACAUGCUGACAUCCUGUUUGUUGAGGUUAACAAAGAUAAAGCAAAACAUCUGUCCCUUCAGCGUCACACAACCAGAGACCUACUUGAGAGAGCAAAGAACACAAUUGUCAUAAAGCAAAAAGAACAACAACUGAUUGAAGAGGACAUCAAGAGACAAAUCAAAGAACUACAGUCAAGCCGGUAUGACUUGCAGAGCCAAAGACAAGAACUGGGACUUUUAAGGCAAGAUCUCAACAAUGAGAUAGAAGAGGUCCGGGUCGCAAAGGAGACCAUGAAGGUAAAAAGAGACCAAAUAGGUCAUAUGCAGACUGUUCCUGACACAGAGAGAGAAAUACUUUGGAACCAGAAAGAUACAAUGGAAAAACAAAGAUUGACUCUACAUAGAAAAGCUGAUCAAAUGACAGAAUCUGAAAAGCAUCUAGGGGAUCUAAGAGAAAAAAUUAAGCAUGUGAGUGAGAGAAUGACUGGUGAUAUUGCAGAUAAACUUAGCAGGCUCCAACAGGACAAUGGAAAAGUAGUGAAGCUGGUCAGUCGUUUGGAACAAGAGCAUAUCUCUCUAGAUUCCCUGAAAACACAUAUGCUUUUCUACUCUGAAAUACUGCAGAAGGCAAAGGAAGGAUACAUAUGCCUGAUAACAGACUUUGCCAGGCAACAAGAAGAAAUAAGAGAUCAACUGAUGCACCAGCUUGUAUUGGAAAAGCAAGAAAGGGAAACUCUGAAAAACUGGCUGAAGAAAGACAGAGACAAUCUGGAAAGAGAGAAAAAUGGCAUGAAUCAAGUAAAAGAAAACUUGUUGCAGAAACAACAAGAGUGUGAAACCCUAAAAGACGAGCUGAAGAAAGACAGAGACAAUCUGGAAAGGGAGAAAAAUAGCAUUCAUCUAGAAACAAGGAACUUGAUGCAGAAACAACAAGAGUAUGAAACCCUAAAAGACGAGCUGAAAAAAGACAGAGACAGUCUGGAAAGAGAGAAAAAUGGCAUGAAUCAAACGAAAGAGGACUUGAUGCAGAAACAACAAGAAUAUGAAAUCCUGAAAGACGAGCUGAAGAAAGACAAAGGGAAUGUGGAAAGAGAUAAAAAUGGCAUGAAUCAAGUAAAAGAUUACUUGAAGCAGAAAAUGUCCGACAUCCAGCAGCAAAUGCAAGUGUUGGAGCAAAAGUUAAGAGAUGAAAAGGAUAGUCUGCGAAUCACAGCAAGUCGACUAGAAAAGACAAGAACACAUGCUGACAUCCUGUUUGUUGAGGUUAACAAAGAUAAAGCAAAACAUCUGUCCCUUCAGCGUCACACAACCAGAGACCUACUUGAGAGAGCAAAGAACACAAUUGUCAUAAAGCAAAAAGAACAACAACUGAUGGAAGAGGACAUCAAGAGACAAAUCAAAGAACUACAGUCAAGCCGGUAUGACUUGCAGAGCCAAAGACAAGAACUGGGACUUUUAAGGCAAGAUCUCAACAAUGAGAUAGAAGAGGUCCGGGUCGCAAAGGAGACCAUGAAGGUAAAAAGAGACCAAAUAGGUCAUAUGCAGACUGUUCCUGACACAGAGAGAGAAAUACUUUGGAACCAGAAAGAUACAAUGGAAAAACAAAGAUUGACUCUACAUAGAAAAGCUGAUCAAAUGACAGAAUCUGAAAAGCAUCUAGGGGAUCUAAGAGAAAAAAUUAAGCAUGUGAGUGAGAGAAUGACUGGUGAUAUUGCAGAUAAACUUAGCAGGCUCCAACAGGACAAUGGAAAAGUAGUGAAGCUGGUCAGUCGUUUGGAACAAGAGCAUAUCUCUCUAGAUUCCCUGAAAACACAUAUGCUUUUCUACUCUGAAAUACUGCAGAAGGCAAAGGAAGGAUACAUAUGCCUGAUAACAGACUUUGCCAGGCAACAAGAAGAAAUAAGAGAUCAACUGAUGCACCAGCUUGUAUUGGAAAAGCAAGAAAGGGAAACUCUGAAAAACUGGCUGAAGAAAGACAGAGACAAUCUGGAAAGAGAGAAAAAUGGCAUGAAUCAAGUAAAAGAAAACUUGUUGCAGAAACAACAAGAGUGUGAAACCCUAAAAGACGAGCUGAAGAAAGACAGAGACAAUCUGGAAAGGGAGAAAAAUAGCAUCCAUCUAGAAAAAAGGAACUUGAUGCAGAAACAACAAGAGUAUGAAACCCUAAAAGACGAGCUGAAAAAAGACAGAGACAGUCUGGAAAGAGAGAAAAAUGGCAUGAAUCAAACGAAAGAGGACUUGAUGCAGAAACAACAAGAAUAUGAAAUCCUGAAAGACGAGCUGAAGAAAGACAAAGGGAAUGUGGAAAGAGAUAAAAAUGGCAUGAAUCAAGUAAAAGAUUACUUGAAGCAGAAAAUGUCCGACAUCCAGCAGCAAAUGCAAGUGUUGGAGCAAAAGUUAAGAGAUGAAAAGGAUAGUCUGCGAAUCACAGCAAGUCGACUAGAAAAGACAAGAACACAUGCUGACAUCCUGUCUGUUGAGGUUAACAAAGAUAAAGCAAAACAUCUGUCCCUUCAGCGUCACACAACCAGAGACCUACUUGAGAGAGCAAAGAACACAAUUGUCAUAAAGCAAAAAGAACAACAACUGAUGGAAGAGGACAUCAAGAGACAAAUCAAAGAACUACAGUCAAGCCGGUAUGACUUGCAGAGCCAAAGACAAGAACUGGGACUUUUAAUGCAAGAUCUCAACACUGAGAUAGAAGAGGUCCGGGUCGCAAAGGAGACCAUGAAGGUAAAAAGAGACCAAAUAGGUCAUAUGCAGACUGUUCCUGACACAGAGAGAGAAAUACUUUGGAACCAGAAAGAUACAAUGGAAAAACAAAGAUUGACUCUACAUAGAAAAGCUGAUCAAAUGACAGAAUCUGAAAAGCAUCUAGGGGAUCUGAGAGAAAAAAUUAAGCAUGUGAGUGAGAGAAUGACUGGUGAUAUUGCAGAUAAACUUAGCAGGCUCCAACAGGACAAUGGAAAAGUAGUGAAGCUGGUCAGUCGUUUGGAACAAGAGCAUAUCUCUCUAGAUUCCCUGAAAACACAUAUGCUUUUCUACUCUGAAAUACUGCAGAAGGCAAAGGAAGGAUACAUAUGCCUGAUAACAGACUUUGCCAGGCAACAAGAAGAAAUAAGAGAUCAACUGAUGCACCAGCUUGUAUUGGAAAAGCAAGAAAGGGAAACUCUGAAAAACUGGCUGAAGAAAGACAGAGACAAUCUGGAAAGAGAGAAAAAUGGCAUGAAUCAAGAAAAAGAAAACUUGUUGCAGAAACAACAAGAGUGUGAAACCCUAAAAGACGAGCUGAAGAAAGACAGAGACAAUCUGGAAAGGGAGAAAAAUAGCAUCCAUCUAGAAAAAAGGAACUUGAUGCAGAAACAACAAGAGUAUGAAACCCUAAAAGACGAGCUGAAAAAAGACAGAGACAGUCUGGAAAGAGAGAAAAAUGGCAUGAAUCAAACGAAAGAGGACUUGAUGCAGAAACAACAAGAAUAUGAAAUCCUGAAAGACGAGCUGAAGAAAGACAAAGGGAAUGUGGAAAGAGAUAAAAAUGGCAUGAAUCAAGUAAAAGAUUACUUGAAGCAGAAAAUGUCCGACAUCCAGCAGCAAAUGCAAGUGUUGGAGCAAAAGUUAAGAGAUGAAAAGGAUAGUCUGCGAAUCACAGCAAGUCGACUAGAAAAGACAAGAACACAUGCUGACAUCCUGUCUGUUGAGGUUAACAAAGAUAAAGCAAAACAUCUGUCCCUUCAGCGUCACACAACCAGAGACCUACUUGAGAGAGCAAAGAACACAAUUGUCAUAAAGCAAAAAGAACAACAACUGAUGGAAGAGGACAUCAAGAGACAAAUCAAAGAACUACAGUCAAGCCGGUAUGACUUGCAGAGCCAAAGACAAGAACUGGGACUUUUAAUGCAAGAUCUCAACACUGAGAUAGAAGAGGUCCGGGUCGCAAAGGAGACCAUGAAGGUAAAAAGAGACCAAAUAGGUCAUAUGCAGACUGUUCCUGACACAGAGAGAGAAAUACUUUGGAACCAGAAAGAUACAAUGGAAAAACAAAGAUUGACUCUACAUAGAAAAGCUGAUCAAAUGACAGAAUCUGAAAAGCAUCUAGGGGAUCUGAGAGAAAAAAUUAAGCAUGUGAGUGAGAGAAUGACUGGUGAUAUUGCAGAUAAACUUAGCAGGCUCCAACAGGACAAUGGAAAAGUAGUGAAGCUGGUCAGUCGUUUGGAACAAGAGCAUAUCUCUCUAGAUUCCCUGAAAACACAUAUGCUUUUCUACUCUGAAAUACUGCAGAAGGCAAAGGAAGGAUACAUAUGCCUGAUAACAGACUUUGCCAGGCAACAAGAAGAAAUAAGAGAUCAACUGAUGCACCAGCUUGUAUUGGAAAAGCAAGAAAGGGAAACUCUGAAAAACUGGCUGAAGAAAGACAGAGACAAUCUGGAAAGAGAGAAAAAUGGCAUGAAUCAAGAAAAAGAAAACUUGUUGCAGAAACAACAAGAGUGUGAAACCCUAAAAGACGAGCUGAAGAAAGACAGAGACAAUCUGGAAAGGGAGAAAAAUAGCAUCCAUCUAGAAAAAAGGAACUUGAUGCAGAAACAACAAGAGUAUGAAACCCUAAAAGACGAGCUGAAGAAAGACAAAGGGAAUGUGGAAAGAGAUAAAAAUGGCAUGAAUCAAGUAAAAGAUUACUUGACGCAGAAAAUGUCCGACAUCCAGCAGCAAAUGCAAGUGUUGAAGCAAAGGUUAAGAGAUGAAAAGGACAGUCUGCAAAUCACAGCAAGUCGACUAGAAAAGACAAGAACACAUGCUGACAUCCUGUGUGUUGAGGUUAACAAAGACAAAGCAAAAAAUCUGUCCCUUCAGCUUCACAAAACCAGAGACCUACUUGAGAAAGCUAAGAACACAAUUGUCAUAAAGCAAAAAGAACAACAACUGAUGGAAGAGGACAUCAAGAGACAAAUCAAAGAACUACAGUCAAGCCGGUAUGACUUGCAGAGACAAAGACAAGAACUGGGACUUUUAAGGCAAGAUCUCAACAAUGAGAUAGAAGAGGUCCGGGCUGCAAAGGAGACCAUGAAGGUGAAAAGUGAUCAAAUAAGUCACAUGCAGACUGUCCUUGACACAGAGAGAGAAAUGCUUUGGAACCAGAAAGAUACAAUGGAAGAACAAAUAUUGAAUCUACAUAGGAGAGCUGAUCAAAUUAUGGAAUGUGAAAAGCAUCUACGGGUUCUGAAUGAAAAAAUUAAGCAUUUGAGUGAGAGGAUGACUGGUGCCAUUGCAGAUAAACUUAGCAGGCUCCAAAACGACAAUGGAAAUGUAGUGAAGAUGGUCAGUCAUUUGCAACAAGAGCAUAUCUCUCUAGAUUCCCUGAAAACACAUAUGCUUUUCUACUCUGAAAUACUGCAGAAGGCAAAGGAAGGAUACAUAUGCCUGAUAACAGACUUUGCCAGGCAACAAGAAGAAAUAAGAGAUCAACUGAUGCACCAGCUUGUAUUGGAAAAGCAAGAAAGGGAAACUCUGAAAAACUGGCUGAAGAAAGACAGAGACAAUCUGGAAAGAGAGAAAAAUGGCAUGAAUCAAGAAAAAGAAAACUUGUUGCAGAAACAACAAGAGUGUGAAACCCUAAAAGACGAGCUGAAGAAAGACAGAGACAAUCUGGAAAGGGAGAAAAAUAGCAUCCAUCUAGAAAGAAGGAACUUGAUGCAGAAACAACAAGAGUAUGAAACCCUAAAAGACGAGCUGAAAAAAGACAGAGACAGUCUGGAAAGAGAGAGAAAUGGCAUGAAUCAAAUGAAAGAGGGCUUGAUGCAGAAACAACAAGAAUAUGAAAUCCUGAAAGACGAGCUGAAGAAAGACAAAGGGAAUGUGGAAAGAGAUAAAAAUGGCAUGAAUCAAGUAAAAGAUUACUUGAAGCAGAAAAUGUCCGACAUCCAGCAGCAAAUGCAAGUGUUGGAGCAAAAGUUAAGAGAUGAAAAGGAUAGUCUGCGAAUCACAGCAAGUCGACUAGAAAAGACAAGAACACAUGCUGACAUCCUGUUUGUUGAGGUUAACAAAGAUAAAGCAAAACAUCUGUCCCUUCAGCUUCACACAACCAGAGACCUACUUGAGAGAGCAAAGAACACAAUUGUCAUAAAGCAAAAAGAACAACAACUGAUGGAAGAGGACAUCAAGAGACAAAUCAAAGAACUGCAGUCAAGCCGGUAUGACUUGCAGAGCCAAAGACAAGAACUGGGACUUUUAAGGCAAGAUCUCAACAAUGAGAUAGAAGAGGUCCGGGCUGCAAAGGAGACCAUGAAGGUGAAAAGUGAUCAAAUAAGUCACAUGCAGACUGUCCUUGACACAGAGAGAGAAAUGCUUUGGAACCAGAAAGAUACAAUGGAAGAACAAAUAUUGAAUCUACAUAGGAGAGCUGAUCAAAUUAUGGAAUGCGAAAAGCAUCUACGGGUUCUGAGUGAAAAAAUUAAGCAUGUGAGUGAGAGGAUGACUGGUGCCAUUGCAGAUAAACUUAGCAGGCUCCAAAGCGACAAUGGAAAUGUAGUGAAGAUGGUCAGUCAUUUGGAACAAGAGCAUAUCUCUCUAGAUUCCCUGAAAACACAUAUGCUUUUCUACUCUGAAAUACUGCAGAAGGCAAAGGAAGGAUACAUAUGCCUGAUAACAGACUUUGCCAGGCAACAAGAAGAAAUAAGAGAUCAACUGAUGCACCAGCUUGUAUUGGAAAAGCAAGAAAGGGAAACUCUGAAAAACUGGCUGAAGAAAGACAGAGACAAUCUGGAAAGAGAGAAAAAUGGCAUGAAUCAAGAAAAAGAAAACCUGUUGCAGAAACGACAAGAGUGUGAAACCCUAAAAGACGAGCUGAAGAAAGACAGAGACAAUCUGGAAAGGGAGAAAAAUAGCAUCCAUCUAGAAAAAAGGAACUUGAUGCAGAAACAACAAGAGUAUGAAACCCUAAAAGACGAGCUGAAAAAAGACAGAGACAGUCUGGAAAGAGAGAGAAAUGGCAUGAAUCAAAUGAAAGAGGGCUUGAUGCAGAAACAACAAGAAUAUGAAAUCCUGAAAGACGAGCUGAAGAAAGACAAAGGGAAUGUGGAAAGAGAUAAAAAUGGCAUGAAUCAAGUAAAAGAUUACUUGAAGCAGAAAAUGUCCGACAUCCAGCAGCAAAUGCAAGUGUUGGAGCAAAAGUUAAGAGAUGAAAAGGAUAGUCUGCGAAUCACAGCAAGUCGACUAGAAAAGACAAGAACACAUGCUGACAUCCUGUUUGUUGAGGUUAACAAAGAUAAAGCAAAACAUCUGUCCCUUCAGCUUCACACAACCAGAGACCUACUUGAGAGAGCAAAGAACACAAUUGUCAUAAAGCAAAAAGAACAACAACUGAUGGAAGAGGACAUCAAGAGACAAAUCAAAGAACUGCAGUCAAGCCGGUAUGACUUGCAGAGCCAAAGACAAGAACUGGGACUUUUAAGGCAAGAUCUCAACAAUGAGAUAGAAGAGGUCCGGGCUGCAAAGGAGACCAUGAAGGUGAAAAGUGAUCAAAUAAGUCACAUGCAGACUGUCCUUGACACAGAGAGAGAAAUGCUUUGGAACCAGAAAGAUACAAUGGAAGAACAAAUAUUGAAUCUACAUAGGAGAGCUGAUCAAAUUAUGGAAUGCGAAAAGCAUCUACGGGUUCUGAGUGAAAAAAUUAAGCAUGUGAGUGAGAGGAUGACUGGUGCCAUUGCAGAUAAACUUAGCAGGCUCCAAAGCGACAAUGGAAAUGUAGUGAAGAUGGUCAGUCAUUUGGAACAAGAGCAUAUCUCUCUAGAUUCCCUGAAAACACAUAUGCUUUUCUACUCUGAAAUACUGCAGAAGGCAAAGGAAGGAUACAUAUGCCUGAUAACAGACUUUGCCAGGCAACAAGAAGAAAUAAGAGAUCAACUGAUGCACCAGCUUGUAUUGGAAAAGCAAGAAAGGGAAACUCUGAAAAACUGGCUGAAGAAAGACAGAGACAAUCUGGAAAGAGAGAAAAAUGGCAUGAAUCAAGAAAAAGAAAACUUGUUGCAGAAACAACAAGAGUGUGAAACCCUAAAAGACGAGCUGAAGAAAGACAGAGACAAUCUGGAAAGGGAGAAAAAUAGCAUCCAUCUAGAAAAAAGGAACUUGAUGCAGAAACAACAAGAGUAUGAAACCCUAAAAGACGAGCUGAAAAAAGACAGAGACAGUCUGGAAAGAGAGAGAAAUGGCAUGAAUCAAAUGAAAGAGGGCUUGAUGCAGAAACAACAAGAAUAUGAAAUCCUGAAAGACGAGCUGAAGAAAGACAAAGGGAAUGUGGAAAGAGAUAAAAAUGGCAUGAAUCAAGUAAAAGAUUACUUGAAGCAGAAAAUGUCCGACAUCCAGCAGCAAAUGCAAGUGUUGGAGCAAAAGUUAAGAGAUGAAAAGGAUAGUCUGCGAAUCACAGCAAGUCGACUAGAAAAGACAAGAACACAUGCUGACAUCCUGUUUGUUGAGGUUAACAAAGAUAAAGCAAAACAUCUGUCCCUUCAGCUUCACACAACCAGAGACCUACUUGAGAGAGCAAAGAACACAAUUGUCAUAAAGCAAAAAGAACAACAACUGAUGGAAGAGGACAUCAAGAGACAAAUCAAAGAACUGCAGUCAAGCCGGUAUGACUUGCAGAGCCAAAGACAAGAACUGGGACUUUUAAGGCAAGAUCUCAACAAUGAGAUAGAAGAGGUCCGGGCUGCAAAGGAGACCAUGAAGGUGAAAAGUGAUCAAAUAAGUCACAUGCAGACUGUCCUUGACACAGAGAGAGAAAUGCUUUGGAACCAGAAAGAUACAAUGGAAGAACAAAUAUUAAAUCUACAUAGGAGAGCUGAUCAAAUUAUGGAAUGCGAAAAGCAUCUACGGGUUCUGAGUGAAAAAAUUAAGCAUGUGAGUGAGAGGAUGACUGGUGCCAUUGCAGAUAAACUUAGCAGGCUCCAAAGCGACAAUGGAAAUGUAGUGAAGAUGGUCAGUCAUUUGGAACAAGAGCAUAUCUCUCUAGAUUCCCUGAAAACACAUAUGCUUUUCUACUCUGAAAUACUGCAGAAGGCAAAGGAAGGAUACAUAUGCCUGAUAACAGACUUUGCCAGGCAACAAGAAGAAAUAAGAGAUCAACUGAUGCACCAGCUUGUAUUGGAAAAGCAAGAAAGGGAAACUCUGAAAAACUGGCUGAAGAAAGACAGAGACAAUCUGGAAAGAGAGAAAAAUGGCAUGAAUCAAGAAAAAGAAAACUUGUUGCAGAAACAACAAAAGUGUGAAACCCUAAAAGACGAGCUGAAGAAAGACAGAGACAAUCUGGAAAGGGAGAAAAAUAGCAUCCAUCUAGAAAAAAGGAACUUGAUGCAGAAACAACAAGAGUAUGAAACCCUAAAAGACGAGCUGAAGAAAGACAGAGACAAUCUGGAAAGGGAGAAAAAUAGCAUCCAUCUAGAAAAAAGGAACUUGAUGCAGAAACAACAAGAGUAUGAAACCCUAAAAGACGAGCUGAAAAAAGACAGAGACAGUCUGGAAAGACAGAAAAAUGGCAUGAAUCAAAUGAAAGAGGACUUGAUGCAGAAACAACAAGAAUAUGAAAUCCUGAAAGACGAGCUGAAGAAAGACAAAGGGAAUGUGGAAAGAGAUAAAAAUGGCAUGAAUCAAGUAAAAGAUUACUUGACGCAGAAAAUGUCCGACAUCCAGCAGCAAAUGCAAGUGUUGAAGCAAAGGUUAAAAUAUGAAAAGGACAGUCUGCAAAUCACAGCAAGUCGACUAGAAAAGACAAGAACACAUGCUGACAUCCUGUGUGUUGAGGUAAACAAACACAAAGCAAAAAAUCUGUCCCUUCAGCUUCACAAAACCAGAGACCUACUUGAGAAAGCUAAGAACACAAUUGUCAUAAAGCAAAAAGAACAACAACUGAUGGAAGAGGACAUCAAGAGACAAAUCAAAGAACUACAGUCAAGCCGGUAUGACUUGCAGAGCCAAAGACAAGAACUGGGACUUUUAAGGCAAGAUCUCAACAAUGAGAUAGAAGAGGUCCGGGCUGCAAAGGAGACCAUGAAGGUGAAAAGUGAUCAAAUAAGUCACAUGCAGACUGUCCUUGACACAGAGAGAGAAAUGCUUUGGAACCAGAAAGAUACAAUGGAAGAACAAAUAUUAAAUCUACAUAGGAGAGCUGAUCAAAUUAUGGAAUGCGAAAAGCAUCUACGGGUUCUGAGUGAAAAAAUUAAGCAUGUGAGUGAGAGGAUGACUGGUGCCAUUGCAGAUAAACUUAGCAGGCUCCAAAGCGACAAUGGAAAUGUAGUGAAGAUGGUCAGUCAUUUGGAACAAGAGCAUAUCUCUCUAGAUUCCCUGAAAACACAUAUGCUUUUCUACUCUGAAAUACUGCAGAAGGCAAAGGAAGGAUACAUAUGCCUGAUAACAGACUUUGCCAGGCAACAAGAAGAAAUAAGAGAUCAACUGAUGCACCAGCUUGUAUUGGAAAAGCAAGAAAGGGAAACUCUGAAAAACUGGCUGAAGAAAGACAGAGACAAUCUGGAAAGAGAGAAAAAUGGCAUGAAUCAAGAAAAAGAAAACUUGUUGCAGAAACAACAAGAGUGUGAAACCCUAAAAGACGAGCUGAAGAAAGACAGAGACAAUCUGGAAAGGGAGAAAAAUAGCAUCCAUCUAGAAAAAAGGAACUUGAUGCAGAAACAACAAGAGUAUGAAACCCUAAAAGACGAGCUGAAGAAAGACAGAGACAAUCUGGAAAGGGAGAAAAAUAGCAUCCAUCUAGAAAAAAGGAACUUGAUGCAGAAACAACAAGAGUAUGAAACCCUAAAAGACGAGCUGAAAAAAGACAGAGACAGUCUGGAAAGACAGAAAAAUGGCAUGAAUCAAAUGAAAGAGGACUUGAUGCAGAAACAACAAGAAUAUGAAAUCCUGAAAGACGAGCUGAAGAAAGACAAAGGGAAUGUGGAAAGAGAUAAAAAUGGCAUGAAUCAAGUAAAAGAUUACUUGACGCAGAAAAUGUCCGACAUCCAGCAGCAAAUGCAAGUGUUGAAGCAAAGGUUAAGAUAUGAAAAGGACAGUCUGCAAAUCACAGCAAGUCGACUAGAAAAGACAAGAACACAUGCUGACAUCCUGUGUGUUGAGGUAAACAAACACAAAGCAAAAAAUCUGUCCCUUCAGCUUCACAAAACCAGAGACCUACUUGAGAAAGCUAAGAACACAAUUGUCAUAAAGCAAAAAGAACAACAACUGAUGGAAGAGGACAUCAAGAGACAAAUCAAAGAACUACAGUCAAGCCGGUAUGACUGGCAGAGCCAAAGACAAGAACUGGGACUUUUAAGGCAAGAUCUCAACAAUGAGAUAGAAGAGGUCCGGGCUGCAAAGGAGACCAUGAAGGUGAAAAGUGAUCAAAUAAGUCACAUGCAGACUGUCCUUGACACAGAGAGAGAAAUGCUUUGGAACCAGAAAGAUACAAUGGAAGAACAAAUAUUGAAUCUACAUAGGAGAGCUGAUCAAAUUAUGGAAUGCGAAAAGCAUCUACGGGUUCUGAGUGAAAAAAUUAAGCAUGUGAGUGAGAGGAUGACUGGUGCAAUUGCAGAUGACCUUAGCAGGCUCCAAAACGACAAUGGAAAUGUAGUGAAGAUGGUCAGUCAUUUGCAACAAGAGCACAUCUCUCUAGAUUCCCUGAAAACACAUAUGCUUUUCUACUCUGAAAUACUGCAGAAGGCAAAGGAAGGAUACAAAUGCCUGAUAACAGACUUUGCCAGGCAACAAGAAGAAAUAAGAGAUCAACUGGUGCACCAGCUUGUAUUGAAAAAGCAAGAAAGGGAAACUCUGAAAAACUGGCUGAAGAAAGACAGAGACAAUCUGGAAAGAGAGAAAAAUGGCAUGAAUCAAGAAAAAGAAAACUUGUUGCAGAAACAACAAGAGUAUGAAACCCUAAAAGACAAGCUGAAGAAAGACAGAGACAAUCUGGAAAGGGAGAAAAAUAGCAUCCAUCUAGAAAAAAGGAACUUGAUGCAGAAACAACAAGAGUAUGAAAUCCUGAAAGACGAGCUGAAGAAAGACAAAGGGAAUGUGGAAAGAGAUAAAAAUGGCAUGAAUCAAGUAAAAGAUUACUUGAAGCAGAAAAUGUCCGACAUCCAGCAGCAAAUGCAAGUGUUGGAGCAAAAGUUAAGAGAUGAAAAGGAUAGUCUGCGAAUCACAGCAAGUCGACUAGAAAAGACAAGAACACAUGCUGACAUCCUGUGUGUUGAGGUUAACAAAGACAAAGCAAAAAAUCUGUCCCUUCAGCUUCACAAAACCAGAGACCUACUUGAGAAAGCUAAGAACACAAUUGUCAUAAAGCAAAAAGAACAACAACUGAUGGAAGAGGACAUCAAGAGACAAAUCAAAGAACUACAGUCAAGCCGGUAUGACUUGCAGAGCCAAAGACAAGAACUGGGACUUUUAAGGCAAGAUCUCAACAAUGAGAUAGAAGAGGUCCGGGCUGCAAAGGAGACCAUGAAGGUGAAAAGUGAUCAAAUAAGUCACAUGCAGACUGUCCUUGACACAGAGAGAGAAAUGCUUUGGAACCAGAAAGAUACAAUGGAAGAACAAAUAUUGAAUCUACAUAGGAGAGCUGAUCAAAUUAUGGAAUGCGAAAAGCAUCUACAGGUUCUGAGUGAAAAAAUUAAGCAUGUGAGUGAGAGGAUGACUGGUGCCAUUGCAGAUAAACUUAGCAGGCUCCAAAGCGACAAUGGAAAUGUAGUGAAGAUGGUCAGUCAUUUGGAACAAGAGCAUAUCUCUCUAGAUUCCCUGAAAACACAUAUGCUUUUCUACUCUGAAAUACUGCAGAAGGCAAAGGAAGGAUACAUAUGCCUGAUAACAGACUUUGCCAGGCAACAAGAAGAAAUAAGAGAUCAACUGAUGCACCAGCUUGUAUUGGAAAAGCAAGAAAGGGAAACUCUGAAAAACUGGCUGAAGAAAGACAGAGACAAUCUGGAAAGAGAGAAAAAUGGCAUGAAUCAAGAAAAAGAAAACUUGUUGCAGAAACAACAAGAGUGUGAAACCCUAAAAGACGAGCUGAAGAAAGACAGAGACAAUCUGGAAAGGGAAAAAAAUAGCAUCCAUCUAGAAAAAAGGAACUUGAUGCAGAAAACAACAAGAGUAUGA